GCGCGGCGGGCGGGCGGCCUCCACUCAGGGAGGCCAAAGCGGCGGGAAGGCGGCCGGGGGCGGAGCCGGAAGGCGGAAGCGGCCGGUCGCACCCAGAGCUCGUCCAGCCGCCGCCAGUCCCUGUCGGACGACGCGCGCCGCCGCUCCGGCCCGGGGCGGGCUGCUGGCCUCCAGCCCUUCCUUGCGGGUGCCGAGGUGGCUGGAGAAGGCACCCGUGCCGCUUCCUGCCCCCCGUUUUCCAGUUGGUUCCCGGCUUCUCCCAUGGCCGGUUCGGUGGCCGACUAGGUCGGGCGUCUGCGGAGGCAGGCUGCGCUCCUCGGGGCGCUGGGCGCCCGGCUGCCUCGGGCUGGGCUGGCGCCGCGGUCUCCAUGGUAACGGCCCCGCUGGUGUCCGGGCCUCGGGGGGAAGAUGCGGCCUGCGGGGCCCGCCGCCUCGCCCCCGGCCUCCCGGCCCGGCCGGGGUCACUGAGGAGCGGAGGCCCGGCCGGCAGCGGGCACCAGUGAAAUCCCACUCUCUGGCUGGAGACCCAAAUGGCCUCAAAUGAGAGAGAUGCCAUAUCGUGGUAUCAGAAGAAGAUUGGAGCAUAUGAUCAGCAGAUAUGGGAAAAGUCAAUCGAACAGACUCAGAUUAAGGGCUUCAAAAACAAACCAAAAAAAAUGGGCCACAUAAAGCCAGACUUGAUUGAUGUUGACUUAAUCAGAGGCUCAACAUUUGCAAAAGCCAAGCCUGAGAUUCCAUGGACAUCUCUCACUCGGAAGGGGCUUGUUCGAGUGGUGUUUUUUCCGUUGUUCAGCAGUUGGUGGAUUCAGGUUACCUCUCUCAGAAUCUUUGUUUGGUUGCUGCUGCUUUACCUCAUGCAAGUCACAGCGAUCGUGCUGUAUCUCAUGAUGCCUAUUGUGAACGUGAGUGAAGUGCUUGGACCGUUGUGCCUUAUGCUCCUCAUGGGAACUGUCCACUGUCAGAUCGUGUCGGCUCAGAUAACGAGGCCGUCAGGAAACAAUGGCAGUAGGAGAAGAAGAAAAUUACGAAAAACUGUAAAUGGUGAUGGGAGCCGAGACAAUGGAACUAACUCCCCUGAUAAAGUCAGAGCCGUAGAAACUCUGGAAUCUGCACCCAGUGUUGGUGGGUUUUGGGGGACUCUCUUUGGCAACAGGAUUAAAAGGGUGAAAUUAGUAUCUAACAAAGGGACUGAAACUGACAAAGACUCAGGCUGUCUCCAUCCUAUCAUUAAGAAGAGACAGGGUCGACCAGAGAUAAGAAUGUGGCAAGCAAGAGAGAAAGCGAAGGUUUCGGAUGGAGAAAAGUGCCAUAGGGAGGCUUACAGGCGUUUGGGUAAUGGAAUUUCAGAUGAUCUGUCAAGUGAGGAGGAUGGUGAAGCACGGACACAGAUGAUAUUACUGCGUAGGAGUGUGGAAGGGGCGUCCAGUGACAAUGGUUGUGAAGUUAAAACUAGAAAAUCAAUACUUUCAAGGCACCUAAACUCUCAGGUAAAGAAAACCACGACAAGGUGGUGUCAUAUAGUGCGGGAUUCAGAUAGUCUGGCUGAAUCAGAAUUUGAAUCAGCAGCCUUCAGCCAGGGUUCUAGGUCCGGUGUGAGUGUUGGCUCUCGGAGCCUUAACUUGUCAAGAAGAGACUCAGAAAGCACCCGCCAUGACUCAGAGACCGAGGACAUGUUAUGGGAUGACCUUCUCCAUGGCCCCGAGUGCCGGUCAUCUGUCACCAGUGACAGUGAGGGGACUCAUGUAAACACCCUUCAUUCAGGGACCAAACGUGACCCCAAAGAAGAUGUUUUUCAGCAGAAUCAUUUAUUCUGGCUUCAGAAUUCAAGUCCUGCCUCUGAGCGAGUUAGUGCAAUAAUCUGGGAAGGAAACGAGUGUAAAAAGAUGGACAUGUCUGUGUUGGAGAUAAGUGGCAUCAUCAUGAGCAGGGUCAAUGCAUACCAGCAAGGAGUCGGCUAUCAGAUGCUGGGGAACGCCGUCACGAUUGGCUUAGCAUUUUUCCCGUUUUUAUAUCGACUUUUCCGAGAGAAGAGUUUUGAUCAACUAAAGUCCAUCUCAGCAGAGGAGGUCCUAACCCUCUUCUGUGGGGCACCGCCUGUCACACCUGUUGUUAUUUUGUCUAUAAUUAAUUUUUUUGAAAGAUUGUGUCUUACUUGGAUGUUUUUCUUCAUGAUGUGUGUGGCAGAGAGAACAUACAAGCAGAGAUUUUUAUUUGCAAAACUCUUCAGCCAUAUUACUUCUGCCAGGAAAGCCAGGAAAUAUGAAAUACCUCAUUUUAGACUUAAAAAGGUGGAGAACAUUAAAAUAUGGUUAUCGCUGCGCUCCUAUCUAAAGAGGCGGGGUCCACAGCGCUCAGUGGAUGUGGUUGUGUCCUCUGUCUUCCUGCUGACACUCUCGAUUGCUUUCAUUUGUUGUGCACAGGUUCUUCAAGGCCACAAGACAUUCCUGAAUGAUGCUUACAACUGGGAGUUCUUGAUCUGGGAAACAGCACUGUUGCUGUUCUUGCUUCGCCUGGCCUCCCUGGGGUCAGAAACCAACAAGAAGUACAGCAACGUUUCCAUCCUUCUCACUGAACAGAUUAAUUUAUAUCUUAAAAUGGAAAAGAAGCCAAAUAAGAAAGAACAGCUCACACUAGUAAACAAUGUACUGAAGCUGUCCACCAAGUUGUUAAAGGAGCUGGACACACCAUUUAGACUCUAUGGACUGACCAUGAACCCCUUAAUCUACAACAUCACAAGAGUAGUCAUCCUUUCUGCCGUCUCAGGAGUUAUAAGUGAUCUUCUAGGAUUCAACAUCAGACUGUGGAAAAUUAAGUCCUAAGCUGAGUCGUGUGCCUGGAUUCUUUUCUGGCUGGUGUCACUGCUCGCCCACUAAGGACAAAGAUGGCUCACUGAAACCAGAGCGACCCCUGCCAGCUCACAUGCAUAAACCUCUCUGCUCAGCCUCGCCUAACGAAUGGAGUUUCCAGAGGGGCACAACCUUUCCCUGGGCAUGCAUGUAAAAACCUGCACUUUCAUGGUCUCAAGCAACAUGAAUAGUCAGCAAACAAAAGCCUGCCUAACUGACACUGGACCUUCUGAGUCAGGACAUUUAUCCUGGACCCUCCAGUACUGCGCUAGUUAUAUUUACUGGAAAUAGUCUUUUGGGUAACCAUGGUAGAUGCCCAAAGCAUGAAGCAAUUCUCUUUUAUUGGAAAUAUGCAAAUUCAGUACUUUUCUAUUAUAGUCUAUGGAUUGGGAAUUUCUCUAUCAAAGAGAGAUAAACUAUUUUAGGUUGAAUCUAAAUAAAAGAACUUUACUGGAGAAUUUCAGUUUCUAGGCUCUUUUGCAGGGAGGAUGGAGAAAUACAGUAACUUUAAACUGAAUUUCUGUUCAUUUGUAGAGAAAAUUUUAAUGUAUAAUUUUGAGUUAGUCCUGUAAGUGUAGUUGUUGGUGGGUGAGUCCUUUGUACUCAUGAGUAAUUCAGCCAUACCCAUUUGAUAGCAUGGCUUUGCUAAUGGUUUGCCUGCUAUGUACGCAAUGUCAUGUAUCCAGCCUUUAGUACAAUUUCAGGCCUAGCCAUCGCCACACUGUGCCUUGGAUGUAGGUUUUCUUACGAGCAUCUCAUUAUGCAUGCGUCUCUUAAUGGAGAUACCAGCAUUCUUGCUCAUGACGCUCUCUGCUUUGAAGAACCUCUUAAAGAAGACUGGAAGUGUGAACACCUUAAUGACUGUGGGCGCCCUGGAAACAGCAGCACAGGACCAGGUUCCCUGACUGAUACCUAGGAGACGUACACUGGUCACUGGUGCCUCUUCUGAGUGGUGGACUUGGAAUACGAACCCAUGGUGGCAUGCCCUUCUGCACAACACAUGCAGCUCCAGUGAGGGACUCAAAUAUUUCUCUCUGUAAACAUGCAACAUGCUAUUGAAAACAUCUUCAAGCCAAACCGAACUGUUUCAUGACUGGCAAUAUCAGAAUGGGAAGGAUAAAACAGACAUGAUACAGUAGAUAACUUGGCACGAAUACAAAGUGAGUUGUGACCACACUGCUAAGAUCAUGUCAUUGCUGAGCGGGCGGCCUGAGCAGGGCAUGGCAAACAAGCCCGUGGAUGCAGCUCUUUCCUGAACAUGAGGAAGGGCAGCCGGCCAGGGCCAGGUGGGUCUUAGCAAUCCCAGAAGCCCUUCAUGCAGCCUGGAUAACUUGAUGCUCCAAUUAGGUAUUGAAGACUUUCUGGGGAAAAACACACCCCUCCCCCUUAAAAGAAUGCUGUGUUUUAGUAAAAGAUUACAACUUCAUUUUCUUUGUAUUAUACAAAAGGUCACAGGUGUUUGUCAGCCAUGCCAGCAGUGCCUGUGACUUUACUUGCUCGUGGCACCCUCCAGGGCCCCGGAGUGAUGGGCGCUCUCUUGACUGGAGAGCUGUUUUCAGGUGUGCCCCCUGCACGCUCCUUGCAUUUGUCAGUGGCCUCCGGUUCUUUCCCUUUGUGUUCUUCCACUUUACUUAACAUCACCUUCUCCUCAGGUUCCUGCGUGAGCGUCUUUGCUGGGAGCUGGAUGUUUUCUCCUGUGGUCGGCUUCUUCCCUUUUUCCUUCUCAGACGCCGCCUUACUAGCAGUGUUAGCCUUCUUGGGUGGAAAAGAGGCUUCAUCAGUUUUAUUGCUCUUUUUCUCUGGAGACCUUGUUCUGCUUUUUCCCAGGUGAGUCUGCUUUGGAUCUUUCCUGAUGGCCCCUGACUUUUCUUUCCCAUCUGGGAGCUGUUCAGUAAUGCCAAGGGUAUGGCCCGCUGCUCUUUGGCUCCCAGGCUCUGAUGACUUGCUUUCAGUGUUUGAUGGGCCACUGCCUCCAAGCUUUUGCUGCUUCUUGGGACUAGAAGAGCGUCCUCUGCCUUUUCUGCAGGGAUCUUGUCCAGAGCCUGCUUUACUGGCAACCUGGCCUUUAGUCUCUCCUUUCCGAGGGCUGAGUGACCGAUCUCGAGAUUUUCCUCUGGGGUCACUUUUUAGGGGUCUGGGAAUCUUUUCCAAAUGUUCCUCUGAAUGUCGAUUAGCUGACUUUUUGGGACUAGCAGAUCUACCUCUUCGUGUGACACUAUUUUCUCCUUUUAGUAGAUUCUUCUCACCGUGCCCAUGACUACUGGGUGGAUCCUUCUUACUCAUGUUUUUCUGGAGAACCGUCUGAUGCUUCAUUUCAGGCUGGCUUCCAUUUAAAGUGCUUUUCUUUUCUGGUACAGUGUUCUUUAGUUCUUCUGCCUUUUCACAUAUCUGAACUCUAAUCAGAGAGUCUUCGGUUCCUGGCACAUGAGACUCUUCAAAUAUGGAAGCAGAAUGUGAAGAUGGGAGAAGUGGUGGCUGUUCAUCAUAAAUGACAUUGGAAGAUGAAGGACUAUUAAUAUCCCAAUCACCUAAAAAGUGAUUGAGUAAAACACAGUUACACUCAAGAAUUAUGAAUAGGAACAGGGAGUUUUGAACUUUGACAGCCAUUUGAAUGUAUUACUGGUUGCACAGCCCAAGGAGGAGUGUGUUACAUAGUUUAUGCACGUUUACGAUUACACCACUCUCUGGAAAGGCAGAUGCCUGUGGAUAUCUGCUCCUGUAUGAAGGGCAGAUUAUGUCAUAAUAAUUGUUUCACUUAUAUACUGUAAGAGGUAAUAUAUGAUCUGUAAAUUAUUCAUAAAGCCAAACUUAUUUAUACAAGUAAUAAAAUUGGACCAAAGUAUCUGGUCCAAGAAACUUACUAAUUAGGCUAUUAUUACUGUUUAACUUAAGGAUAUGCCAAAAUCGCUAGUGAAAAAGACCAGACUGUGGUGACCCAAAGGAGGUUUAUGGGCACUGUAAAUAAUUUUCUUGUUAGGCUGUCAAAUUUAAUGUCCAAAGGAACUGAAAAAGUGCAGGAGACAGAAGUAGAUGUAUUUAACAGCCUCAUUUUAAUUAAAAAGAAAAUGAAAGAAGUGAUUUAAAAGACAUGCAAAUUUACCAAGUCUUUUUAAGGAAAGACCAAGAAAAGCCCUGAAAGCCUUAAUGUUGCUCAGGUUUCACGUAGGAGCACAGACCGGAAGGGGCCAAACCUGAAGAAGGAAGAGAAAAAGCCUGGGACUAUGUGAAAACAAACCAGCACAGUUAGCACAGCUGUCACGGGAACGCGUGCUGUGUGAGCAGCUGGUGGAGGGUGACACAGGAUCACAUCUGGAAGGGACUGGAGGAGGUUAUGUCUAUAUUGACCCCGAAAAGCUCUGAUGGGGAGCUGUGCAGGGGGAGACGCGUACAAAACGGGUGUGGUACUGUACUACCUUUAGUUCUAGGAUCAUGCAUUCUCAAAGUGAUUUUUAAAACACUGUGACAGUUCAAAAUACAUAAUAAAGCCAAGGGCAUUUACUAUUAGUGCAGGAAGGAGUUCAGACAUGAUGAUCUUAGAUACCCUGUCCCCAGGUAGAGGGGCUACAGCAACUUCUUUUGGUACGUGACUAGAAAAUCCUAAAGUUCUGGCAUUCACUCAUUACAAAAGACAAACAUAUCUUACUGUAAGAAAAGAACAUUUAUUGGCAAUGUGUAAUUAAUUAGCCAAGGAGGGCAUAAAGCUGGGAUAUUCUGGAGACAUUUCAAUUGUUGGCCUCUACUGUUCUCAUUUCUUACAGGCACAUUUCUCUACAAAAAGCAUUAUGUGCUUUCAGAUGAAAUAAAGAUAAAACAUAUUCUAUUCCAA